UGGAAAACAUGGGAAUUAUGGAUUGCAUGGUGAAUGAUAUAGAAGUAGAACUGAAUAUUUGUCUUGCCUGUAUUUAUUUUUUUUUAUCGCUUGCAUAUAUUAAUAAAGUACCGUGAAGAAUCUUCACGCUUAUAACCUGAUAUGUAAAAAGUAAUGAAUGACCACGAGUCACGAUCUCAAAGUUUAGCUUUUUAUAUAUGUAUUGUAAAGUCGUGUAACUUAUUAAUUGAUGACAUAAUGAAGUUUUUUAAGUGUUUCGUCACAAAAAAUUUCCUGAUGGAGUCUGAUCAAUUUGUGCGACAAUCGGUUUCAUAUAUAUCUCUCUCCUAAUUCCCAAAUUCCCAUUAUGUAAGAAACUCUCAAACUUGUACUAUUAUAACUAUCCAAAUCUAUAAAGCAAUCAUGUCGGAAACCGCUUCUACUUCUAAAGUAAACGACAUAUAUCAAGAAAUUUAUAGGCUUGGAUUGACUGAUGAUGAAAAAACCACUUUAUACGCAUUCUUCACUAAUAAUCCUGAUAAGAAAAGCGAGGCAGAAAAAGCUUUUACUUACUUUCAGGAUGAAGUGAAAGUUGACAUAUUGAGAAAUUUAUUACCUCCUACGCAACCCGCUGCUGCUGGUAUCCCAGGAAUCAAGUUUCAAGCUGCAAAAAUAGACAAGGCAAUAUGGGUCCAUUAUAAUGAGAAACGUGUCUUUUUCUCGAGAGCUAAUCUAGAAGAAAAUGAAAUAUUUGACGUAAUUGGUUUGAAAAAUUUGAUCAAAGCUCGGUUUCGUAUAUCGAAGGAUGUCACUAUUCGUAGUGAGAAUGGCAACUUAGAUGACAGUGAACUUGUCACUGGAUUCUAUAAUACUCAAUAUAAUGCAUUAGAGGUUAUUGUCGAAGGAAAUGAUGAUGAAGGCUCUACAGAAGGAAAAAAAAGUGUGAGAGAUAUUAAAUUAGUUCAAGUUGAAAAAGCAUUUCAAAUCGAAUACCAAGGAACAACUCUGGACAUAUUCCAUUCACGGUUGUUACAAUUUCAUGAUGAAUGGCUCGAACAGAUAAAUCCGUACGCCCCUUAUUUGGCAAUCAUCCAAUGCUCCGGUUCCGGUAAAUCACGGCUCGUGGGGGAACUGAGAACCAAGAAGAUCUUCAUCCUGUAUAUUUGUAAACGUAAUGAGACUAGUACCGGAUACCCUGCCUCAACACCUUGCGUUCAACAAAUUUUUGAAGCAAUUCGUGGUAAUAAAUUUGGUACUCUUUUAUCUCUAGCAAUCAAACAAAUUAAGGCCAGAAAUUGGGACGAGGAAGAGUUUUGGAGUAUUCAAACAGAGGUUGAACAUAAAAAUGAAUGUAGAGAUUUUUGGAAUAGUAUCUUUGAAUUGUUAGGGCAGCAAGUUGAGCCUUCGUCAGAUUGCAGUAAUAAAAAUUUUGUAACACACUUAUUUCCUGGUAGAAGAAUCUCUGUAGUUUGUUGCAUUGAUGAAGCACACGAGUUGCUUGCAGAACGUAUUGAUAAUGAAACCCAUUUUGUUCAAUGGAGGCGACAAAUUCGGAAAAUAUCGUGGUGUAGAUUCUUUAAUAUUCUCCUCAGCACAAACGGGAAGAUUGGUAAUUUUCUCCCUCCAACAGCAAAAAACACUAUAUCUGCCAGAUCGCAUAAUUUCGAAGUAUUUCCCGCAUAUUUGGAUGUUAAUACCAUGGAUGCAUUGGUACCACUUGCUGGAAAUGCUAAUAAGAAUUAUAAUCCCGAUAGAACUGCAUAUCUAGGAAUUCCCCUUUGGGGUUCUCUUGCUCAAGCGGGUGUUAGUCUUACAGACCUUAUUCAUCUUGCUUCACAAAAGAUCCGCAAUUUUAGCAAAAACAAGAGAGAUUAUCUUGCCAACACUGCAUGUACAGCCUGCACCCUAGCUCUUGAAGUUUCCCCUCGAAUUGCAGAAGUAGAUAGCCUGAUAGCAUCUCAUAUGGCAACUGCUAUAGGAGUUUCACUUGAUCGCACAAGUAUCCUUUGCACAUAUCCCUCUGAUCCCAUUCUUGCAUCGGGAGCACUGAAAGGAAUUAUUAAGGUUGGUUGGGAUAACAGCUUGGACACACUGUUGGAACUGUUUAGUCGUGGGGUAGUAGAAGUGGGAGAAAGAGGAGAACUUGUCAAUCGCAUCUUGUUUUUGAAAGCAUAUGUUGAUGCUGUAAAUAAACAUUUUUCUGGAAAAGAAUCGCGUACAUAUUUGGAUAAGGUUCCUUUGGAAUUAUUUUUAGAUUCUUUGUUAUGUAAUGAAAUAAAGGGUCUUGCACAGUUUCUUCAAGAUAUGCAAAUAAGGGACGCAGAAAUCGGCUUUAACCAUUGGACAUCUUUGUUAGCUACCAAUAAAGAUUAUGUGAAAUCGGGGGGGAAUAAGUUCCUAUCAGAGAAACUUGUCGUGGAAGCCUACCACCGCCAAUCUGCACUUAAGAUGCCAUUGGGAUUUAAAGAUAUUGAUCAUAUAAUUCCUUUCAAACACUCCACUGGUUAUGGUAUCAUUUCAAUUCAAAAUAAGAAUAUGAAAAAAACUACCUUUAAUAAUACUACAGAUAUUACUUCUUUGGCAGAUCCGCAAACUGCUUUUGGUAAGAAAAUCACGGGCGGUUAUAAGGUUAUAGGUAUAUAUAUUGAUCUUGGUUUAGAUGAUGUAUCUGCGGAAAUAAAGAGUAAAGAUAUUGUGGAAUUACGAAGUAAUAUUAAUAAUCAACAAAAAGGUAAAAAGCAUAUUAUCUAUAUUCAAGGCGUCGGGUCUUUCAAAUGUUGUAAUGAUGAAAUUGGUGAAAGACUAUCUAAAAUACUUUUUACUCGUCCUUGGCCACUUCACACUCAAUGGAGUAUGUUUGACGAAGAUACAGAUUUAGAAAGGGAGGAUGUGAUCAAGUCAUUUUUACCUCUUGUCUUUGAACAGAAGGAGUCUUUUGUUAACAAAUGGCAAUUAAUGUGAUAUGAAAUCUAUUCUAGUAAUUAUUGACAAAUGUAAUAUUAAUACUUAAACAGCUGUAAGGCUUAAUAAAGUCGUAUAAUAAAGAAUUAGUUUGUUCGCCUAAUUGUGCUUAUAUUUUUUUUACGUUUUUUACAUUUUCCAAUGCAAAGCCUAGUAUUUACAAUAUGAUUAUAUAUUUUUUAUUUUUGAUAUACAGUACAAAUUGCAUACCAGUAACACCACAUCAUAUGCGUA